CAAGGUGGGACUAGAGUGAAAAAAUGUCAAAAAUUAAAUUUACUAUUUAUUAGUCUCGAGGCUCAACUCUCUACAGUGUUUGUGGAAAAAACUAGAGGCUAAUUAAUCAAAAUUACUAGUUUUUUUUAAACUUCAAAGUGAAAAUCCCAAAAUAGAAGAAACAAAAAUAUAUAUAUUUGUAUAGCCAUGUGAUGUAGUGGAUAGCAUCGUAGACUUCUGAUCUACAGAUUCAGAGUUCGAAUCUCUGCACGAGCUGUUUCAUAUUUUUUCUUCUUUGCAUUUCUUAUCUCAUAAAUAGUCUUAAAAUGGUCGUAAAAUGAGCCAAAAAUGAUCUAAACAGGAUCAUAACAGGCUCAUAUUUUGACGACAAGAAUGGGUUUAAAACUUGAGCAUUAACAAAUUUUAUUUUUUGCUUACAAUAAGUAAAAAGAGCUAAACGUUCUAAUUAUGUUCUAAUUAGUUUACUGCGUUUGACUUAGAAAUUUUGGCUUAUCCAAACUGAUGCUGAUCAGUUUGGCGUUGUUCCGCAAGCCGAAGAUAUUAGUUUAAUAGAUUACUUAGAAGAUCAUUCACAGUUGGUAGUUCUUUAUACCUUAAAAGAUGGAACACAAGGAUCAGCUGAGGUUCGGACCGAAGAUAUUCUGGAUGAAACUUUAAAUGCCUGUCGAUAUUCUAUAUCAGCUCAAAGACAAAUUAACCAGAAGAAUAAAAAUUCGCUAGAUCCAUUUUUCGAUGUUUUUGAAUAUAAAGAAUUGAAAGAAAUGGAUAGAGACAAAAGUUUAAAGCCAGUGAGUUCAAGAUUAAGUAAGUGA